UGUGGACUGUGUUGCUGUCUUGCGUAUACUGGCACAGGAUUGCAAUUAUGGGGACAAUCUGAAUGAAAUUCUGAGAGAGGCUAGUUUGCGGCAUAAAUAAUGACUGGAUCCAACUGAAGUUAUUAUCCGAGACUGGAUUUACAUUUGAUUAUAGCAUUGUUCCUUGCGCAAACAAAUGGAGACUGUCAACGAGGGUGAAGAAAUCCAGGGAAAAUGUGUGGACAGUGCUAAUGUGACCUGGAAACAAGGGACAUACCAGGGAAGUGUGCACAAGCUAAGAAUAAUGCCUCAGGAAGACGAACCAGCACGAGCUAGCAGUCCUGCUAUUUUUCAGAGGACCAUCAAGGGCGUACGUCAAGGGAUUCCACAUGUCACCAUUUACUUGGAUGACGUCCUGGUGACGGGGAGGAGAGAUGACGUGCUGGUGACGGGGAGGAGAGAUGACGUGCUGGUGACGGGGAGGAGAGAUGACGUGCUGGUGACUGGGAGGAGAGAUGACGUGCUGGUGACUGGGAGGAGAGAUGACGUGCUGGUGACGGGGAGGAGAGAUGACGUGCUGGUGACGGGGAGGAGAGAUGACGUGCUGGUGACGGGGAGGAGAGAUGACGUCCUGGUGAUGGGGAGAAGAGAUGACGUGCUGGUGACGGGGAGGAGAGAUGACGUCCUGGUGACGGGGAGGAGAGAUGACGUGCUGGUGAGGCCCUGUAAGAAAGUGCUCCAGAGGAGAGGGUGCUGUCCAGCCAACAAUGGGGUCCCCCUUCCCUCGAUGAGCCUGCACCUGCAUCCAUCCUUCAUUGGGCUGCCCUCCUCUCCCUGCCGACGCUGCUGGGGAAAGACCAGAGCAAUGGGUAGGAAGAAAAGAGGGGGAGGAAAGGAGGGGAUAGGGAAGAAGGGGGGUGCUGAAAUAUUUAAACAUGCAGAGUGUGAAUUGGUUUAA